UUUAACGGAACGUUUGACAAGUCAAGUUAUACAAAUCGAGUAGUAAGCGCUGGCAUUUUUUCUUAUUUGUUUAGUUUUGUGUCAAAUAAUAAUAAAAUAAAUAAUUGUGAACGCUAACAUUUAACAAAAAGAUCUCUUUAAAAAUGGGUCGGAAAAGAAAAAUACCCAUUGCAGAUGAAGAAAAAGAAAAUACAGUUGCCGCAAGCCGUCAGCGGGGUGGUGGUGUUAGCGCUACAGCCAACAAUUCAAUGAUGUUGCACGGCCCCAUGUAUACAAUAAUGUCCAAUGUGCAAUUAAAUGAAACUAGCCACAAAAAAUAUGUUAAAGAAUUGAAACAACUGUACGCCAAGAUGGAUCAUGAUGCAUUCAUGUUUACAUUCAUCAAAAUGAUAAAAACUGCAAUGGUCGCCGAUGAGGGUAAUGAGUACGCAGAUACGACGUUACUAUUUUGUUCUAAAUUUGUAAGUUCAUAUGACGGCGAGGACACACAUCCCGUGUUAAUUGAUAUGUGCAAGUGGCUACUUACGACGAUUUCGCGUAAUCCACACAUACGUUUUCGUAUUUGUCAAUUUGUUAAUAUGAUACUCAAGGCGCUGGGACAAGAAGCAGCUCUAGAUGAUGCCAUAUGCGAUCGCAUAUUGGAAUAUAUGUUGCAUCGUUUGCACGAUACUUCGCCGAAUGUGCGUGUGCAAGCAAUAUUAGCAAUGCAACGUUUGCAAGUACCAGACAAUCCAGACGAUCCCGUGCUGCGUGCUUAUCAGUUUCACCUUUGUUCCGAUCCGUCGUCACGUGUGCGACAAGCUGUAAUAACUUGUAUGGGACGCAAUUACCAUACUAUUCCUUAUAUAUUGGAUCGUUUGUGGGAUAUUGACGAAAAAGUUCGUCGCCAUACAUAUUUACAUAUGAGUAGUUACCCAGUGCGUUCAUAUAAGGUGUCACAGCGUUUGACCUUUCUGCAGCAGGGUCUCAAUGAUCGCUCGGAUGCCGUACGCAAAGUAGUCGUCACAAUUAUGUUACAGCAAUGGAUAGAAUCUUAUCAAAAAGAUCUUAUUGCAUUCAUAUCGGCGCUAAAGUUAGAUUCGAGUGAAAGCGAAAUCGAUCGAUUUCGUAAAGUGACGAAGCAAACGCUUAAAGAGAUAUUCAAACGUCAGAAAAAGGACGACUUGAUUGCUUGUGUGCCAUUAGAUGAAGAUGGCGAAAUGCAUCGUUUGGUGCCAUACGAAAAGCUGUCAAUGGAAAUUGCAUUGUACUGGCAAUGCUUGACCGAGUUUUUGCAAGCGGAAUUGGCCGAGGAGCACGAUUUGAUAGUGCCCGAAUUGAGCACAUUCUGUACAUAUGUGGAGAAAUUCUGCCACCAGCAGAAACCGGACAUGGACAAAUUUGAACUCAUGGAAUUUCAAUACAAGCUACUUUCACUGACUGAAAUGCUGUACACAUUCGAUUUGGGUGACGAGAUCGGUCGUGGCAAUCUGCAAAAACUACUGGCAUAUCUGUUGAAAACAUUCCGUCUGGAUGAGAAAGUGAUAGAGAUGAUUGUGCGCUGCACGGAAAAUCUAAUAACGGAUCAAAAUGCGCGUAUACAGUUUAUUGUGGAAAUCGUACAAGAUAUAUGCGGUUUGAAUAAUAGGCAAAAUGAUCUAUUGCAUGAUCGCACGUUAAUUACCGAAUUAUUAGCGACCUCUUCGAACGCCGAUCUAAAUUUGAAAUUAUCGUCAUUGAAAGUGAAAAUUCUGGAUUUGGAAGAACAAGAAAUGGAUUUUGUAAAGCAAAAAGAUUAUAUGCGUGCGCAACAAACAACUGAAGAGAAGCUCGCUGCUACCGAAGAGUAUACAAAUUUAUUGCAACCACUCCUCGAGAAUCAUCCCAAUGCUGAUGCGUUAAAGCGCCCGUUACAGUUGCGUAAAACAUUGAAACCCGAGUGCAUAUUAAAAAGCUUGCAAAUCGCCUUCCACAUGGUCGUUUCGCCCAAAGUGCGUUCGCUUAAUCCGAGCAUUUUGAAACUAUAUAAUGAUUUUAUAUGUCGCCAUCUUGCUUCGAAUCAAAUAGCCAUACGCGAUUGGGCGCUGAAAUGCGGUACUGCCUGCAGUAUGCUGUACGAGGUGUUGGCUAAGGAUGUAUUCGAAGAGUUGUAUUCACAAUUUUUCAAAAAUCACAAUAUUCGUAUAUGGGAGACCUCGAUAACGUGCAUUUUCGAGCUGCUGGACAGAUACGGUUUGGAUAAUUUUGCUAAACAAGAGUCGCAAAACAAAACGAAGAAAAGCGGCCGCCAGCUUUACAACACCUUGGAAUUUUUGGAUAGCGAAGAUGAUUCCAAUGUGCUAAACGCCGGUCAGGGUGUGGACGUCAUCUACAUGAUGUCGCAUUUCCUCGACACUUGCGAUGACACUUGCAUCGUUAGCGCCAUCAUUGUUGGCUUCUGCCGCCUCAUAUUGCGCGGCUACAUCAAGUCCAGCGAUAUCAUUGAGAAAUUGCUGCUGCGCUAUUUUAAUCCCAGCACAGAUGCAAAUAUUAACCAAAUUUUGGGUGUUUUUCUGGAAAAUCUUAUACAGUGCAAACGGCACGGUCUGCUACAACCUUGUCUGCUGCCCAUGUUGACUACCGUGCUGAGUGCGCCCUAUGAGAAUCCGCUGCACGAAAUACGCCCCGAAACCAUAACGCGCUUCAUCAUCGAUUCCACACGACAGGAGAGUUCGCCUAUAACCGACGGCUGGAUACACAAUAAAAUCGCACAGACUAUCCUACAGGAGAUGCUAAAUAAUUUGACCAACAAAGAUUUGUGCAAACUCUUGGCCAAAGAACUGAUCACACUCGAGUUGAGUGUCACGCAGAAUGAGCAGCUCAAGCGCGAAUUGAAAGAGACUGCCGAUAAAUUGAUAAAGGCUGAUCUUGAUCCGCGAACUGUCAAGCUUAUCAUAGAUUUCAAAGAUCUGGUUGAUGGCACUUAUAAUCCAACACGCAAGUCUGCCGCAAUUGACUCCGAGGGCGAAGAGGACAGCAACGAUGAAACGGAGAAUGACGCGAUUAAUGACAACGACACAGCAGGCCCGAAUACUGCACGCGACAAAACGUUGGUGAGUGAAAAGGUGGAUGAGCCAACGCGACAACCGCCGCCACAGCCGCCACCUGACGGCACGGAAAGUGUCGCCAACUUAACGGCGGACGCUAAUGCUGUUGCUGCGGCUCCCGAGAUUGUGCCAGAAGCCGUUACUUCUAGCGAAGAAAUGCCGACUACUGCGUCGGAAGCGCCCAAAGACGCACAGCAAGCAACCACCGAUGGCAGCAUAAUAACGAAAGAUAUCUCUCCUUCGGCGCGUGUACCGACAACAUAUGGACGCGAGAAUCGCGUGGGCCAUCGUUAUCUGCGCAAAUCGCUGAACUCAACACGUGGGCAAUCGGACAGCGAAGCGGGCGAUGGACCGCCACGCUCACCGAAGAUACGCAUUGAGGCGCGCAUAGAUUCCGAUAAGAAAUCGGAGCAACAACCAGCACGUGAAGAGCACCAGGUGCGCAAUACGCGGGUUAGACGAAACCUACGUUAUGCCGAGAAGAAUACCGAGGCACAGGUGGAGGAAGUCGUUGAAACCGCCAAGGAUGCGACAAAAGGGCGUAAUAAACGACGUGCAAACUUGCCAACACUUGUUGUGGACGACGACACCGAUUCAAAUUCAAAAACCAGCAGCAAUGCGGGCGUUCAGAGCCAGGCCACCACGACGCGCAACGCCUCAAGCCCAGCUAAGCGGCAGACAAAGGAGAGCAGUAAACAGCAAGCCGUGGAACAGUCCGCGACGAAAGCGGAUAAAGCAGAGAAAGCAAAAGAUGCGAACCCAGAGCAAUCUAAGGCGCAGCCAAAGGAGCAAGUGCGUACGCGCGGAAGAGAGCAGGAAAAGGAGCGAACGCCGUCGGCACUGCCAACAAGGCUGCUGUCGCGUGCCGCGACGAGAAGCGCCGCCAAAAGCAACGACGUUGAAGAGCUCAAUACAUCCGAUAUAGUACCACCUUCACCGCCGACAGCGCUGUCACCGCGCACGAUCGUACGUCGUCAACGACGCGCCGGUGGUGGCGACAUAUCCGUGACAAACCUAACGGACACACAACGUCGCGCAACACGAAGCCAAUCGGCGCAAUCGGCGCCGAAUCAAGACUCCGAAACUACUGAAGAUGAGGCUGGAGACCGAGCUGAUAUUGCAAGCACCAGCACCACUGUCAUGAACUCCACCAAAGCCGCUACGCCAGCUCGCGCCAGUUUAAAGCGAACGUUCUGCUCCACACCGAAGCUCGCUGGCGCCACUUCUGCCGAAGAUGUGUCUACACCGCGUUCCGAACCGCCGCUUUUAAAGCGUCUUCGUGCUGGAACGCCAGCUAAGGCACAGCUACGGAUGCGCAAAGGCAAUGCUUCGCUGCCGCCGAGCGAGCCUAUCAAAGAAACUGCGGCCAGAGAAAGCAGCACCGAAGUGAUCCGACAAACACGCAGAAAAGGGCGACAGCGUUCGAUUUCGCUUACUUUAGCCGAGACGGAGAAAAUGGCUAAAGCGACGAGGCGGUCCGCUGGCGCGAAACCGAGCGAUUCAAGUGAAUUGAUGACUUUGCCUAGAAACAUCGACUCCGCUACGCGCACCCGAUCCGCUACACGUGCCGCUUCGUUAACACGCGCUGAUACCGCCGCGCUGCGUACGCGAACGGCCACACGCUCCAGUCUUAAUACUGCCGCAGACGCAAGUGGUAAGUCUAUAAUGCGUACGUCAUCCGCAACGCGCGCGGAAGCUGUUGCUGAGGAUAAUUCCGACGAAAGUGCGCCGCGCGCUGAAGCGGUUACCGAUGUUGCUGGCGUGACGCGCGCCGAAACAGACGCGGCGGAUGUUUCAAAAAAACACGGCGAUUCCUCAAGUGCCGACGAUGAAAGCGACAGCGCGCCAAAGGAAAAACGGCGCAAAAGCGACAAUAACAAAAGUGGCAGCAGCGGUAUGUUGAUGCUUCGUAGCUUAUCGAUGAGUGCCGGUCAAUUGGGUGAUGCCGGCGACACUAGUGAGAAUGAAGCCGCUAGUGAAGUUACGCAACGCAGGCGUUCAUUGCGCGACAAAAGCGGCGCUGAUGCAGGUAAGGAUGCGCCAACAACGGCUGCAAGCAAAGCACAGCUACAACGCAGUAAAAUACCAGUACGCGCUUCAAGAAGCAACGUUAUGAAGACGCGUCACGCCGCUCAGCAAGUCGCCUCGUCACUGGUACUGGCGCCGAAAGCGGUCGAGUCCAACUCGAGCAGCGGUAGUGGCAGUUCCAGCACAGAGGAAGCUAUGAAAACUUUGGGCGCCGUUCUGUUGCGCAAGCGUGCGCUCACCACCAAAGCGACACGCAUCAACCUGGCGCAGCGCACCAAGGGCAAUCCAGUGCCGAUGGAGUUGGCGCGUCCGACGCGUUUACGCGCGCCCACCAGCAGUUUGCCGGCGCCGAAUUUGAGGUCGAAGAAGCGUUAAGCGUUAUUAAAUUACACACAGCCACUUACACAUACACACUCAUUGGCUAGCUAGCAUAAUUUUUAAAUUUUUUACACUUUCCUUAUACAUACAUACAUA